AGUUUAAUGAGUGUUGAUAGUGUGGUGUAGUGUUUUGUUUAUCUGUAGCUUUGACCUGAAAACUGAGAAAUAUUUCCAGAAGUGUUUAUUGAUUCUUCUGACCACGUGUGGUGUGGACCUGCGCAGAAGGAAUAUUGGUGUUGCUCCACUAUGCCUGGGCCUCCAUCGACUGCUUAUUCUUCUAACGGAGAUACGAAAAACCCAGAGAUGCCUAGUCACCGCCAGGUGUCAGAUCACCACCACAGAUGGCGUCACCUGUUCUGGAAGAUCCUGGAGGUGUUCCUAGCCGAGACUGUAGGCACGGGGAUGUUGUUGUUCUUCGGAUGUAUGGGACAAGUCAACUUCGUGCCUGAAGUUGAGCAGCAUCCACUUCAAGGGGCUGUAGUGUUUGCUGUCGUAGUUGCAACCAUAAUACAGAUUUUUGGACACAUCAGUAAUGCCCAUCUCAAUCCCGCUGUCACCAUCGCCUUCCUGAUGUUGGGGCAAGUGACAGCUCCAAUGGCUUUGGUCUACGUUCUCUCAGAAGUUGCAGGGGCUGUACUAGGCUAUGGACUACUCAUGCUGCUGACGCCUCCGGACGUACUGACCUCAGCAUCGCCCAAUUUAUGCUGCACCUUGCCCCACUCGGGUCUCACAGACGUCCAGGCGGUCGCCAUGGAGUUCUUCGCCACAUGUUUCCUAGUGAUGGUCGUGUGUGCCUGUGCUGACCCCAGGAACCAGGAUAAGUCAGACUCGGUGCCACUCAAGUUUGGAUGCACCAUCCUCGCGCUCUCUAUAGCUGUGGGUCCCUACACAGGCGCCAGUAUGAACCCAGCACGUUCCAUGGGUCCAGCAUUAUUUACUGGAAAUUGGACCAGUCAUUGGGUAUACUGGGUAGGGCCUUGCCUCAGCGGCUUCUUCACAGCCAUCUUCUACCAAGCCAUCUUCAACAGACCGCAAGACCCCAAUCUUCUCUAUGAAGUUGAACCUCUCAACAUGGUCAAAGUAAACGACCCUUCGUCCUCCAAAAGGGAGAGGGAAGAGAAGCGAUAAUGAGCCUAAAUACAACACAAAACUGUAGAAAUUAAGACUGAGAUUCCCGUCCAUCCGGCUCACACUUGUACAUCACGUAGCUGGCAUUUUGAACGGAACUAUUAUUGUUAUUUUUAUUUAGAGGAUUGAAAUAGGUUAAUUUGUUUUGUAGUUUUUGUACAAGUAAAUUGUUUUUGUUUAUUAAA